GCCCCACGCAUGGCAGCAGCGGCAGCAACAGGAUCGGGACCCCGCUCCUGUAUGACGUCACUCCGGGGGCUGACCCGUCCCCCCCACUCCCGGCACAAAGUUGCUGCUGCUGCUGCUACUGCAAAACUCUGUAUCAUCGGAGGUCACUGGAAACGAGUAUGACUGUCCACUCAUGGAAGAUGCCUUUGCGUGACUUUGUUUAACGUGGGGAGACUGGUGCACAGACAGCCACCACACGGUCCUUGACAGAUCUGGGUCAGGAUCCAUUGGCAUGGAAUCCAAGACGACUUGGGACCCUUUUCUGCUGCAGCCUUCAUCCGCCUUCCCAGCCGUUGUGACGCUCCACUAAAGCCAGUCAUCAUCCUCCGCCUGUUCCACCUUUGAGGUCUGUAUCUCAAACGGACAAAAUGACAGAUCGAGAAGUGAUGUAGAAGUGAAUGCUUUCUGCGUUUGUGUAGAACUUAAUAUAACAACUUAGAGGUAUGUUACAGAGGGAGGGGGCAGAUGAAUGGAAGUUGGAAACCAGUAAAGGGCACACCAGAAAACAAAACAUGAAUGGGAAGUGAGAUAAUUACUGGCGAUUGAGUAACACGGGGUAUUCAAAGAUGGAGACCAGUUGAGUUACUCCAGCAUUUUGUGUCUAUCUUUGUUUUAAACCAGCAUCUGCAGUUCCUUCCUACACAUCUCUACACAUUAACAUGUGGAAACAAGAAACUGCAGGUGCUAGUUUACACAAAAGGGCAAAGAGUGGUGGAGUAACACAGCGGCUCAGGCAGCAUCUCUGGUGAACAUGGCGAGAUUACCAUUGUGGUCAGGACCCUUCUGUCUGAAAACCCGAAGCGUCACCUUUCCAUGUUCUUUAGAGAACAUCAGCACGUUGUGUCCUUUUCUCGACAAGGCAACAGAAAAAGGGAUGCACGUAUUUAAGAUGGGACAUGGAUAUUAUUUGGCCAGGAAAGGGAAUUUAAAAUAAAACGUAAGUUGCGGUCACAGGUCGGAUACUGGAAAUAGAAACCAUCAAUAUGUUAUUAUCACCAUUCACAUGGGACAGCGUAUGUGCUAUUUGAUAUGACCAGUGGAUAAGUAAGUCGCAAGAAUAUUUUAAUGUUUAGAUACAGAUAAACCGCAUUAGGACAAAGCACACAGAAUAGUUCACACGUAAUGGUAGGGCGGAGGAGGAGGGUUACGUUUGAAGAUCCUUGCUUUAAAUUCACACGACUGCUAUGUUUAUCUUGCUUCUGCAGCCGCCGCAUCUAUUCAGAAAACUCACAAUGCGGAACUCUCGGGGAAUGUAUUAAUCAAAGUAAUGUGCAAUCCUCUGUGGCCCGCAGUCAAUAAAGAUACAAGGACUGCUGCCGCUUACAGCGAGUCGUCAUUCGUUUCACUGUAACUGGUGGAUAACCACCGAUAGCUGGACCCAAAAUAGAAGUGUUUAGCGUCCACUUUUCAACUUGAAGUGUUCUUUGAUUUAUAUGGCGGGCUGUAAUUUUUAAUAUGGAAGGGGGCGAUGCUGUGAAAUCUUGCCGUUUGCUUUUCCCGCAGCAGGCUAAAUGUAACAUAACAACUAUGCAGAACUACCUGUACGUUAAUGUGCAGAAGCAAUGAACUGCAGAUGCUGGUUCACAAAAAAAGACCCAAAAUGCUGGAAUAACUCAGCUGGCCAGCCAACAUUUCUGGAGAACAUGGAUAGGUGACAUUUCGGGUCGGGACCCUUCUUCAGAUCGAUUGAUAAGGUGCAAUAUGGUUUGUUUUUGAAAUGAAUAUUUCCGGUUUACCCUCUACUGCAAGAAAGGAAAAAUAUAGGAUAAAUACAGAUUCAUCAUGAAUUGUAGUCCCGGAGAAGGUUAAUUUCCAAAUUGAAGUCGGUUUAAUUAGCAAAUUGAUUUUGUAUGCGUGUGGUGUUCGUGAAAUCCCUGUUCAUCUCGUCUGUAUUUAUAAAUGUCAAGUGGCUUCUGAUUGACCUGAACAACCAGCGCCUUAAAUUGUGCUAUUUUCCGCGCCAUUUCCUAUCGGUCAUCCUUCAUGUUAAGAGUUUACAAUAUUAACAGCAGCCUAUAAAACAUAAAACCAUGACAAACGAAUUACCAUUUGAGGAUCUUCCAAAGAUGAACCUAUUGUCUGGAAGGCAGGACUCGCUGGAAGUGGUGAGCGACAGACAGGGGAAGAGGACGCCCUCUCAGCGAAUACCCAGUGGGACAGCCCAAGCUUAUCCCGGGCAGCAGGUCGAUAGGAGCUCCAUAGCUGGACUGAGGAAAUGCGAGCUCCCUGCUUACAGCGAUGCCAUUAUCGUCUGCGAGGCGGUGCAAUGUGAUGUUUCCCAGGGCCACGCUUGUCAAGAGCAAUCGGGUCGACCACGGGAGGAAUCUCUUGCCUCGGAGUCUUCUCACGCUAAUUGCAGCCACAAAGUGUUGGGCUUACAUUCUUGUACAUGGCAGCCAGCGAGGACCAGUAAAGGCACAAUGGCUUUGCUCAAACUGACCUUGAUGGCUUUUAGCUUCGUCUUCUGGACGGCCGGUCUAACCGUGUUCACCAUUGGUAUCUGGGCGAAGAUCUCACUCGGCAGCUAUUUGGAGUUGUCCACCAAUGACUACCCCAACACCCCCCACAUCCUUCUCGCCAUGGGAGCCGCCGUCAUUCUCUGGGGCUUCCUCGGAUGCUUCAGCGCUGCCACGGAACACAAAUGCCUUCUUAGGACUUACGGGGUGUUUCAGAUGGCGCUCCUCAUCGGGGGACUGUCCGCUGGCUUCUCUGCCUUGUUCUACCGUAAGGAUAUAGCCGAGGGCUUUCGCAAUGGCUUGGGUGAGACCAUCCAGGUCUACGGAGAAGACGAGGAGAAGGCCGACGCUAUCGACGACAUUCAGCGUAACCUGGACUGCUGUGGGGUGGAAAGCUACAAGGACUGGGUUCUCUCUCCCUGGUCUGAACAGCAAAUGGGGAAUGGUUCGGUCCCUUUGAGCUGCUGUACGGUGCGGAGGGGAUGCGAGAACAAUCCGGUCAUUCCAGGUGCCCAGGGCAUUUACAAGGAAGGCUGCUUCAAGAAAAUCUACAAUUUCGUGAACGACAACCUGUUUUACAUUGCCGUCGGGGCGCUGGGGCUGGCUGUGGUGCAAGUGGUUGGAAUUGUGUUGGCGUGUUUGUUGGCUUCAAGAAUCCCCAGAGCCGAGUUCCAGGAGGACAGAACUGCCCCGCUCUGAAUUUGGACACUGGACAUUCCCAAACACCACCAGUGGGGGAAGAAAACAAAAUCCCCCAAACAAACACCAGUCUUGUAAAAAAAAACCGUAUGUUGCAACCGGAUUGUUUUGCCAAGUUUUAGAUGAUUAGCAAUUUAAAUGCGAAUCAAUUAAGAGAGAGUUUAAAUUAGAAUGCCUAAUACUAUUCCCUUUUCAGGAAUGAAGGGAAUAUUAAAAUAUAAAAUUAACCUGUUAGGUUUUUACCGCGUUGCAUUAAGUACAAAGAGUACGACAAACUAUGUUUUUGGGCUCGCGUUAGAAAGGACAGAUAAUCCCACCUUUUGUUAAAACGAAAAGUCGGAGAGAGGCGGAAGACUUCUUCAAAGUAGACAUACCUUGAUAACCUUGAGGACUUCAAAGUAGACAGACAUUUUUUGUGAAAAUAGAUAGUUUUAAAAAUGAUUUUCAAAAUGCGUAGACAUAGGUAGCUGAUCGGCACACAGCGAAAUAUCCCGGAGAUUCAAGGGCCAUGCAAAUGAAAGGUUAAGCAUUACAGACAAUAUAUUAAACAAAACAAAAAAUACUAGAAGGACUUUAAAAUUAUAACACCUUCCAGGGUUAAUUGUCUGAAGUAUAUUGGUUUAAAAAGCGCAAAUUGCAUUUAUAUAGCGCCUUUAAAGUCCUCAGAUGUUUCAUGGUGCAAUGGGGGAUUAUAAUGUAAAUAACCAAAUUUAUCAAAGUAACUCCGAGAGCAGAAAACGUGUUUAACAAGGAACUGCAGAUGCUUGAAAAUCGAAGGUGCACAUAAAUGCUGGAGAAACUCAGCGGGUGCAGCAGCAUCUUGGGAGGGAAGGAAAUAGAUAACGUUUCGGGCCGAAACCCUUCUUCAGACUUCAGCAAAAAACCUUAGGACAAUGCCCAUACUCCCAUCGUAAACUGAAUAAAGAGACUACAUUCCUGUGCUUUAUUGCAGAUUCAAUACGAGUUAUUUUGAUCGUUUCACCUAUUUAUCCAAGUUUCCGUUGCAGUAUGGAUCCAAAUGCGACCACAACCCUCUGGAUUCCGUUCCUUCCCACCAACCAUUCUAUUAACGACGCCUACGUGAGUGGAUCAUCAUGCACCAACCAGUACUAAGAAUCCACUGGAUCCUAUUAAAUAAUUCAUCAGUGGUAUAUCGUGAUUAUGUAUUCCUCGUUGUGUAUUUUUUGCAUUAUGUCCCUUUUUUGCAGACUUUUUCUUUUCAUUGGACUAUAGAAUUUAUUGUAUAUUUUGUGUGCUGUCUGAGUCUAUCUACCUGUGAUGGUGCUACAAGCAACAUUCCCCCUCAUACCUGUACUUCACCACGAUAGUGCAUAUGAUAAUAAACUCGACGACUUGACUUGGCUUGACUUUAUUGUUUUUUUUCGAAAAAAAAUUAUAAAAAAAUUGUUUGGAACUUGGACUCAGAUUUUCUUGAGAUGUGUGCAGGAAGGAUGCUGGUUUAAAUCGAAGAUAGACACACCAUGCUGGAGUAACUCAGCGGGACAGGCAGCAGCUCUGGAGAGAAGGAAUGGGUGACAUUUCGGGUCGAGACUCUUCUUCAGUCAGUCUGUCACCCAUUCCUUCUCUCUAUAGAUGCUGCUUGUCCCGAAGAGUUACUCCAGCGUGUUGUGUCUAUUUUCUUAAGUUUUGUCAACGGUUCCAAAGCGGCCGCUGACGUUUCCCAAUCUGAUCGUCCACAAGUUUGGCGGGGCCACCUACAACCGCAAGUCUUUGUGAUGUGGGAGGAAACCAGAACCGGAGGAAACCAGAACCAGAGGAAACUCUCGCGGUCGCGGGGAGAACGUGUAAACCCCACACAGGAUAGAAUCCAGAUUUCUGGAGCUACGAGGCAGCAGCUCUCCCAGCUGCCUCCAUGCAUCCCAUGCCCUGAGUAAUUACCACUCUUGCUAACAACCCAACAUUCCUUUACUGCUUCAUCCACAAUCUUUGAUGGUUCUCUAACACAUAUUAUUCCAUAAGGAGUACACAAUUUUUUAUUGCAUUACCUUGCUGUUACAUUUUGUGAGGUGGGCCACUUAACGCCUCCCAUAGAGUUCAUGAACAACCCCGACUCGUGCUGUCUAAUUUUGAAUGCAGAUUUACGUUAAAUUUCUGUACGCCCCUUGUGAAGUCCAGGAAUGAGAACAUUAUUAGCAAAAUCCCCCAAAUACCCAUCCACGUUAACUAUCUAGACAGGUCUUACCAAGUGCCAGAACCAUUACUUUUUUUAAAUCAAAAUCCCCCAGAUACCAAUCAGGAGGUUCAAAGUUUCUGUGUUUGCAUGGGGGCCCUUUCAUUCCCAACACUUACUGUAAGAGGAGAAAUGUCAGCAGUUCCACCAAAAGUUAUUAAUAAUUCUCUGUGAAAUUCAGGCCAAUGAGCCAAGCAACAAGAUAGUAUGAACUUUGAUUAUUUUCCCUUACUUUCAGAUAUGUGCCAGAGGGGGGAUUUCCAAAUGAAGUUUCCCAGAAACCAUAACAUAUUUUUUUAAUUCCUUUUUGAACUUAAGCAUUAUUUUCAAGCAACGUGGUCACAUGUUUAAGGGAAGUUUUAUAAAUAUGGCACGUCAAAACCAGGCUAAUUACAAAAAAAUCAGAUAAGACUCCUGUCCAUCCCUUUGAUCGUGUGGAGGUCAGUAUCUGUGAUGGACUGAGACAUGUUCAGCACUUUUUGUAAUCUGCAUUCCUGGGCUUUUGAAUUACUGAAUCAGGCCAUGUUACAACCAGUCAACAUUCUCUCGAAUUAUGUUGCCCCGUAGAAGUUUAGGAGAGUAUUCGUCGGCACACCAAAUCUCCUCAAUCUUCUCACAAAGUAGAGGUGUUAAUGGGCUUUCUUUAUGAUUGCAUCAAUGUGCUGGGUCCAGGACAGAUUUUCAGAAAUAUGCAUGCCCCUGAAUUUGAAGUUGUUGACUCUCUCCACCAACGAACCGUUGAUGAAGACAGGUU